AUGUAAAACGAAAAUGAUGAGACUGGAAAAAUUGUUAAAGUUAUUAAAAGAAGAUUGAGUUAAAUUUGGUAUAUAUAUAUAAUAAUAAGCAAAUUAGGAUUUUGGUUAUAAUAAACAUAUUAGGAUCAUUUGUUAGUUUUGUUUAAAAUAUUUAUUUUGUUUUAAUGAAUGAAAUAUUGAGAAAUAAUCCUGAAAGAUAUACAUGUUAUUAUGUUAAAGUAAAUCUUAUUAUGUAAAAUUAGAUUGAAGACAAUCCGAAUUUGACUAAUGUUUUAAAUACUACUCUUGAGCUUUCAGAGAAAUUAUUAUCAUUCUUUCUACCUUAUUUUGCUGCUUUAAUAAUAUUUUGGCCAAAGAAAACGAUAAUACAAAAUUCUGAAAAUAAAUAGGAUAAUACAGAUAUUGUAAUUGAAACCUAUAUAAUUCAUAAUACCGAAGUUUCUGAUACAUCUUUAAGUAAAGAAUGA